GUAGCACUGAAGUAGCAGAGAGCGUGAGCUGUAUACUCCAGUGUACGUUUAACAGUAAAGAAAUGUAUAAAUUCCUGAUUGUUGUUAUUAUGGUCUUGGUUAAAAAUGCUUAUACAGAGCGCAUUGUUGGACCGCCUUGCAUGCUUAAAUCAUCUGACACUCCAGGUAGGUGUCUAGUGCCACACAUCUGCAGGAUGAUUGAAGGGGUAGCAGGGCUUUGGAGAAAACUACCGCAAUAUACUUAUUGUGAAGAAAAAGUUAGCGAAAUAUCCCUUGUUUGUUGCCCAGAAAUUUAUCAACCAGGUUACAUAACUGAAAACAAAUGUAGAGAAUAUGCUUCGAUCUUAGAAGAGAAACAAUUAUGUCUUGGCAGUAUUAGUCCGACUAGCAGAACAAACUUUCCCCAUAUUGCGCUAUUAGGAUAUCCCGACAGAGAAAAUUGGCUUGAAACUCAGUGGCUUUGUAUGGGAGCACUUAUCAGUGAACAAUAUAUUUUAACAGACGCACAUUGUGUAUCUCAGCGCUGUGAGUAUAAAGUGAGUGAACCAACGGUAGUGUUGUUAGGGAUCGCGAAUGGUGAUGAUACUAACCAUAGACAGAAAAUAAAAGUUUCAAAGACAAUAUUACAUCAAGAUCCCUCUAACAAACAAGAGAUAGCGCUAGUAAAAUUAGAAAAACCAAUAGAAAUGAGUGCGUAUGUGCGUCCGGCAUGCCUAAAGGCAUAUGUUAACAUUCCUGUUACAAAAGUUUUUGUUACCGAAUGGCAUCUUAAGCCUGAUGCAGAAAUCAUCAGUAAAGAGUUGAUCGAAGUAGAGGUAGAUGUUCUAAAAGGACCCUGUAAUAAUGGUCCAACAAAUCCAUAUGCACAUGAUUUCCAUAUUUGCACAAGUCCACAGCGACAUCGUAAGAAUGCGAGUCUUGAUCGUGUUGGUAGUCCAUUGUAUAUAUUUCACAAUAACAAUUCUAAGUCGUGUAUGUACGACAUAGUUGGUGUGACUUCGGAAAGAGGACAGGAUGAUCAACCAGACCUAAACAGACGAGUUAGUUACUGGUUCAUUAAGUGGAUUGAAGAUGAAGUUUGGCCCGAGGAAAGUCAACCAAAGAAGUUAUUUACAUGAGGGCUUGUAGUACAAUUCUCACUAUAUUUGCAAAUAACUAGCAAAUAAAGCUGCUCCCAUUUA